CACUCUGCCAUUUGUUUCAUCACUGUGGCAUUUUUUCGGUUGAGACGAGUAGGAAACUGCAUCAAGCUAACGUCGUGCGAAGUAUUACCUGUGUAAAGCAUAUGAACCGCUGCCAACUGCACUAUAUCCCAGACCAUGAGUCAUGGCUGAUAUAUAUAAUGGUUUGAGACUCACCAUUGCUAUUGAAAACUGUGGAAGACGGGUCAUGUACAAGAUAUUCCUCUUAGGAACUCCCGACAAAUCUAACACUACGAACCUGAUUGAUUACCUGGAGAACUUGCCGCCUACAUCAUCAGCAAACUACUUAAAAGUCACUGAACAAAAUAAAAAGUUUGACACAACGCAAAAUGGGUUAAUUGCCAAAAGUCCAGACGGUUCAGAGUUUGAUGUAUCACUGCUUUUUCUCUGUAUCAAACUGGCUUGUGAGAAUGUGGCCCAAUUCAAUGACCCAAAAUGGUGGACCCCAAGUACAGAAAUGGAGUACUAUGUCACUGCUUUAAAGAAUAUGAGAAACUAUUCUGUUCAUGGUAAACUUGCCAUUACUGACAAUGAACUUUUGGAAAAGACAAUGGUACUUGGAGAGCUCUUAACUGGCUGUCUUAAGACAUCUGGAGAGCGGUAUGCGCUUGACAAGGCUAAAGUAAACGAGGAGAUCAGACAGGUGAAGCAUGACCUGGACCAAAUACAGCAAAAGAUUCUUGGAGAAGAAGAUUUAAUCAGAUAUUGCAGUAAAGAAAUACAUAAGCUUAUGAUUGAAGAUAGCACCGAGACACUGAAGAAGAUCUUCCACAACAUUGUUUGUAUUAACCCAGUGUCUUUCAUCACCGAUAACCUGCGUCUUGAGGCAGACAAAGUCUUUGUUGAUAUCGAAGUCAAGCAAGGAAAACAUAGAGGUGAAGGUGAACAUAUAGACUAUCGAGACCUUCUCAAAUUUGUCGAGAUCCCACUUGCACAUCCUGAUACAAGCGCUGCCUCCCAUCAACAGAGUCCACUUGCACAUUCUGCUACGAGCGAUGCCCCCGACCAACACAAUCCACUUGCACAUUCUGCUACAAGCGCUUCCUCCCACCAACAGAUUUCCUCCGCACGACCUAAAAUACUUCUGCUUGAAGGUUUGGCUGGAAGUGGUAAAACCACUCUGGUGUCAAUGGUAACACGGGAUUGGAUAAAAGAAGGUCAAGGUAAGAUAAAAGGCCUAGAUAAUUACGACCUCAUGCUAUGGGUACAAUGCAGGGACUCUACCUUACUCUCCUACCAGGACCUCCUGGACCGCUUAAUGCCAGAUGUAUCAUUAAAAUUUAGGAGCCUCUUGCCCAGAGUGCUGAAACUUUGUAAGUUGCUAAUCAUAGUCGAUGGCUUGGAUGAAAUUAAUGAAAGCUCGAGGAAACUCAUGAACAGUCUUUUACACGAAUUCAAGAAUUCUUCUAACACAGCUUUCAUGUGCACGUCACGACCGGAAAAACUUGAAAUGUUUAAGACGACGAUUCCUCCAGAAUAUGACAUAACAUUUGCUGAGCUCCGAGGCAUACUUGAGCAUCUGAUUCUCGAGUUUGUGCAUCUAAGUCACGUGGAGAUAGAGAAACAAACAAAUAGUAAACGAAGCACUGAACGACUCGUCAGAGAGGUGGAGAAAUUGAAAGGUUUUCAGGAGUACUUAUCGCUACCAAUGAACUUGAUAUUGUUAGUAUACAUCUGGGACCAGGCCCCAGACGGGCUAAACAUAGCGACUGUCACUCAAACAGAACUCUACAAUAAAAUUCAUCAUCUGUGUCAAAAAAAGUUAUUUGCGAGAUUGGCCAAUCAUCCACGAACUAACCUCAUUCCUCAACAAAUUCUACAGAAUAAGAUCCAACUAAUUUUGAUGGACAUAUAUCUGACAGCACUUGAGUCUCUCUCCCAUGACCAGUUGAUCCUUGAGGAUGAAAAAGUAAACCAACUAAUAACUGCAUGUGAGAAGCAAGGUCUACCUCAUGAGGAGCUGUUGUCAGCGUUCCUGAGCUUAAAACCUACUUGGACAUGGGAAGGCAUCCGGGAGCAGUAUUCUGCACCCCACAAGGGAAUCCAAGACUAUUACAGUGCUAUGCAUAUUGUGAUGGCCCUUAAGUGCCAAUUGCUGUCUCCUACUUUCCCACUUAUGUCUUUCCUGAAACUUUACGUACCGGCAGCGUCGCCAGGAUUUAUUUGGAAAGUGUUGAAACAGAUUAUCAAAACAGCCGAGAUGGACAUGACUAAGUACCAAAAUGUUCUGGUGCAUGUGGCCGGGCUGCUACACCUGACCCUGGACUGCGUGCCCGAGGCCCUGGCGAGGGAAGUUGUUGACCUCCUGCAUGAGUCAGGAAUGAGGCACGAGGAUCAUUGGCUUGACCUCCUCAAGAACACCAAAGUCGCUCCUGUCACAGCUAAGUAUGUGGCUCCUUUUAUCAAUACUGAUAAAGAUAUAGAGAUAAGUGAUAACAGUGUGAGGAGCUAUGAGGCUCUUCUGCCACACCUCAAGCCAUGCAGGGUGCGUAUUGUUGCCAAGAGUGAUCCUGCUGACCUGCCUCGCCUGCCAGACCUGCUGGCUGGCCUCGCCCACCAUCACUGCAUAGAGCUGAGUUUGGAACACCACUACUUCCAUGAUGAUGACGCAACCACUUCCGACCACAUCCUUCAACGUAUACAGUCUCGGAGUGACCUGGAGGUGUUCUGGGGUCAUCUGAGUAGUGAAGGGUUGGAAGCGUUGCCCCCCAGCUUGAAGUGGCUCCGCCUGGCUGUGGUGAGUGACGCCCAUGCUCGCUGCCUCCUGCCUCACCUUCACGCUGCUGUCCCUUCCAGACUGCCUCACCUUGAGCGUCUCUUUUUCCCUACUAAUGCAACUACAUUCUCUGAUAAUAUAAGGAACCUAAUCAUAAACAACAAACUCAACAAAAACCACACCAUCCUUGGAGGUGACUUCAACAUUGACCUUUGUCAACAAAAUAGCCCCCAAUUCGAAUACUUCCUAAACAGCAUGAACUCCUGUAUGCUUAUCCCCACAAUCAACAAGCCCACACGAAUUACUCAAACAUCUGCUACAACCCUGGAUCACAUAUGGACUGAUCAUUAUCCUACUUUCCUCUCAGCAUACAUGGACAUAAGACCGUCGGUUACCAAUAAACUUACCUUUAGACUACACAGCAAAGUAGCAAUAUGGAACCUCACAAAUGCACUUCAAAAUAUAAACUGGGAUUCUGAACUCAGCAAUACACAGGAUCUAAAUUCAUUAGCCGACAUUAUUCUCUUCAAAACUCUAAGCUUCUACAACACACACUGUCCUCUCCUCACGAAGCAAGUAACUGUGAAAAGAUUAAACAACCCCCGGCUCUAUGUACUAUUACAGAGGACAGGCAUACUUAAAGCAAUUAACAAGUAA